ACUCCAUUUUGUUUAUCAUUUGCUGCAUGUCAGCUUUAGAAGGAUGGGGUGUUUGUGCGUUAUCUUAUGUUUUAAAGAAAAAGAGAGCAGACAGGAAGAAAUGAAUAACAGAUCCUGACAGAGGGAGAGAAGAGGAAUCGAUUGGGGAAAGGUGUAUUUGUAAGGAGAGGUUAUACUGAAAGUGGUGACAAGAACAGAAAUACACAAAGCAAAGCUAUGAAGAAAUCUUUUAAUAACCGCACCAAGGACUUUCACUCUGAAAAAUCAAGCAUUUUCUCAAAGGAGAUAGUAAACAUAAACCUCAAACCUGUCUCAUGUUCUGUAAGUGGAAGAUGUUUUAGUCAUAAAGAAACUCUUGGUAGACAUCAGAGAAAUCACACAGGAGGGAAACCUUUCUUUUGUAGUGAAUGUGGAAAAUGCUUUGUCGCUAAAGCAGUUCUUGUCCGUCAUCAGAGAACUCACACAGGAGAGAAACCGUUCUCAUGUUCUGAAUGUGGAAAAUGUUUUGUUGAUAAAUCACGGCUUGUCAAUCAUCAGAGAACUCACACAGGAGAGAAACCGUUCUCAUGUUCUGAAUGUGGAAAUCGUUUUAGGCACCAUUCAACUCUUGUCCGUCAUCAGAGAACUCACACAGGAGAGAAAUCAUUCUCAUGUCCUGAAUGUGGAAAAUGUUUUGUUCGUAAAGCAGUUCUUGUCAGUCAUCAGAGAACUCACACAGGCGAGAAACCGUUCUCAUGUUCUGAAUGUGGAAAAUGUUUUGUUCAUAAACCAGAUCUUGUCAGUCAUCAGAGAACUCACACAGGAGAGAAACCGUUCUCAUGUUCUGAAUGUGGAAAAUGUUUUGUUCGUAAAUCAGAGCUUGUCCGUCAUCAGAGAACUCACACAGGAGAGAAACCGUUCUCAUGUUCUGAAUGUGGAAAAUGUUUUCGGCAACAUUCACAUCUUGUCAGUCAUCAGAGAACUCACACAGGAGAGAAACCAUACUCAUGUUCUGAAUGUGGAAAAUGUUUUGUUAGUAAACUAGAGCUUGUCCGUCAUCAGAGAACUCACACAGGAGAGAAACAGUUCUCAUGUUCUGAAUGUGGAAAAUGUUUUCGGCAACAUUCACAUCUUGUCAGUCAUCAGAGAACUCACACAGGAGAGAAACCGUUCUCAUGUACUGAAUGUGGAAAAUGUUUUGUUAGUAAAUCACAGCUUGUCCCUCAUCAGAGAACUCACACAGGAGAGAAACCGUUCUCAUGUUCUGAAUGUGGAAAAUGUUUUCGGCAACAUUCACAUCUUGUCAGUCAUCAGAGAACUCACACAGGAGAGAAACCGUUUUCACGUUCUGAAUGGGGAAAAUGA